UCGACCGACGAGGACGGACAGUGUCACGAUGUUCGCUGCCGGAGUGAGGGCGGCCGCGCGGCGGCCGGCGCGGCGCGCCGCCUACCUGUACCGGCGCAUGAGCGCCGCCGCCGGCACCGCCGACCGCUUCAUUCCCAAGAAUCCCGACUUCCAGGCGAAGCACAUCGGGCCACGUGACGCCGAUCAGCAGGAGAUGCUCCACCUGCUCGGCUACCAGACUCUGGACGAAAUGAUUGACAACACGGUUCCCAGAAACAUCAAGCUCAAGGAGCCACUAAAAAUUGAGGAACCUCAAAGUGAGCAUGAGCUUCUGGAGAGGAUCCAGCACAUCGCGCAGCGGAACCAAAUCUGGCGCUCCUACAUCGGCAUGGGCUACUACAACUGCCGCGUGCCGCACACCAUCUCCAGGAACAUGUUCGAGAACCCCGGCUGGACGACCCAGUACACGCCGUACCAGCCGGAGGUGGCGCAGGGGCGGCUGGAGUCGCUGCUCAACUACCAGACGAUGGUGAGCGACCUGACCGGCCUCAGCACGGCUAAUGCCUCCCUGCUGGACGAGGGCACCGCCGCCGCCGAGGCCAUCGCCAUGUGCUACAGGGUGAACAAGCGGCGCCGUGUGAUCGUCUCGGACCGGCUGCACCCGCAGACGAUCGCCGUGGUGAAGACGCGCUGCCAGCCGCUGGGCCUGCACAUCGAGGUCGGCGACCUGGCCACGGCCGAGCUGGGCACCCGGGACGUAACCGGCGUGCUGUUCCAGUACCCGGACACGGAGGGCUCCAUCCUCGACCACUCGGAGCUGGUGCAGCGCGCCCACGACAACGGGACGCUGGUCUGCUGCGCCACGGACCUGAUGGCGCUGGCCAUCCUGAAGCCGCCAGGAGAGAUGGGCGUGGACAUAGCGCUGGGCACGAGCCAGCGGCUGGGCGUGCCGCCGGGCUACGGCGGCCCGCAUGCCGGCUUCUUCGCCUGCCAGUCUCACCUGGUGCGCAACAUGCCCGGCCGGAUGAUCGGGGUCACCAGGGACGCGGAGGGCAAGGUAGCCUACCGGCUGGCGUUGCAGACCCGCGAGCAGCACAUCAAGCGCGACAAGGCCACCAGCAACAUCUGCACGGCGCAGGCGCUGCUGGCGAACAUGUCGGCCAUGUACGCCGUCUAUCACGGACCGAAGGGUAUCGAGAAGAUCUCCAAGAAAAUCCAUAACGCCACACUCCUCCUGGCAAAAGGACUUCGUGAUGGGGGUCACGACAUCCUGAACCCACUGUUUUACGACACGCUCAAGAUCAAGCCCAAGGUGUCGCAGCAGGAGAUCCGGCUGCGAGCCAUGCAGAAAGAGAUCAACCUGCGCUACUACAACGACGGAUGCGUGGGACUGUCACUGGACGAGACGGUGGAGGCACACGACAUCGACGACCUGUUGUGGGUGUUCGAGUCCUCCAAGACGGCCGACGACGUCGCGUCGCUGGUGGACCAGGAGCACAUCGAGGGCAGCAUUCUGGACUCCCCGUUCCGGCGUACCUCCACCUACCUCCAGCAUCCGGUGUUCAGCGCACACCAGUCGGAGACGCAGAUCGUGCGCUAUAUGAAAUUCCUGGAGAACAAGGACGUCUCGCUGGUGCACUCCAUGAUCCCGCUGGGCUCGUGCACAAUGAAGCUGAACAGCACGACGGAGAUGCAGCCGUGCAGCUUCCCACACUUCACCGAGCUGCACCCAUUCUGCCCGCAAGAGCAGGCGCAGGGCUACAAGGAGCUGUUCGACGAGCUCGAGCAUGAUCUCUGCGAGAUCACAGGCUACGACAAGAUCUCAUUCCAGCCCAACAGCGGUGCUCAGGGCGAGUACGCCGGCCUGCGCGCCAUCAUGUCGUACCUGCAAGCCAAGGGUGAGGGCCACCGCAAGGUGUGUCUCAUCCCGACCUCGGCGCACGGCACCAACCCGGCCUCGGCGCAGAUGGCCGGCAUGAAGGUGCAGGCCGUCCAGGUGCUCAAGGACGGCAGCGUCGACCUCAACCAGCUGCGGUCAAAGUUCACCAAACAUAAGGACGACUUGGCGUGUCUGAUGAUCACCUACCCGUCGACCAACGGCGUGUUCGAGGAGAGCAUCGCCGAAGUCUGCCAGGACGUGCACGACCACGGCGGCCAGGUGUACCUGGACGGCGCCAACAUGAACGCCCAGGUCGGCGUCUGCCGGCCCGGUGACUACGGCUCCGACGUAUCCCACCUGAACCUGCACAAGACGUUCUGCAUACCGCAUGGCGGCGGCGGCCCCGGCAUGGGGCCCAUCGGCGUCAAGGAGCACCUGGCUCCGUUCCUGCCGUCCCAUCCGGUGGUGGACCCGAUGGCUCAGGUCAAGUACGCCCAGAGCUUCGGCGUCGUGUCGGCGGCGCCGUACGGCUCGGCGCUUAUCCUGCCCAUAUCGUGGGCCUACAUCAAGAUGAUGGGGUACGCGGGCCUGCGAAAGGCGACUGAAGUGGCCAUUCUCAACGCCAACUACAUGAAAAAGCGCCUGGAGAAUCACUACAAGAUCCUGUUCACGGGCAGAAAUGGCAUGGUAGCUCACGAAUUCAUCGUCGACUGUCGUGAUUUCAAGAAGUCUGCAGGGAUUGAAGUGGUUGACAUCGCCAAAAGGCUCCAGGAUUAUGGUUUCCACGCGCCCACCAUGUCGUGGCCGGUGAACGGCGCUCUGAUGAUCGAGCCCACUGAGUCCGAGGACCGGGCCGAGCUGGACCGCUUCUGCGACGCCCUGCUCUACAUCCGUGAGGAGCUCCGCGAGAUCGAAGAGGGCCGCAUGCCGGCCGAGAGCAGCCCGCUGAAGCGCUCGCCGCACACGCUGGCCGCCGUGCUGGGCGGAGACUGGGAGCGGCCCUACAGCAGGCAGCGGGCCGUGUUCCCGGCGCCGUUCGUCGAGCCCGCAAACAAGGUGUGGCCGACCGUGGCACGCAUCGAUGACAUCUACGGCGACCGCAACCUGGUCUGCACGUGCCCGCCAGUGCAGGCGUACGACUCGCCGUUCGAGGGAGAGGAGGAGGCGCGUGCCGCCGGCUGAGGGGGCGCUGCCGCCUCGCGCUUGUGACAUCGGGUCUGGACCACGGCGGGCGGAGCGUGCGGCGCGGCGGCGCUGGGGACGCGACGGCGCGCCGGCCCGGAAGCCGUGCUUGCGGCCGACUACUGCCGGGGAUUACUGGCGGCGUUGGUGCGGACAAACAAAAUCUAGUCUUAUGGAAAGCACCAGUGCCCGUGAUGACGUCUGGAAACACAAUUAUCCACGUGCAGUGUGUGCCCAGCAGCCGCCUGCUUGCGUUGAUCGCUUCUGUGAUACGCAAGAUCAUGUGUGGAACGUAAUGCUCGCUAGUUAUUCAGAUUGUAAUCGGGUUAGGAGCUGCUGUGGGCGCCGCCGGGUGUGGGCCAGUUUGGCCAUGAGACCGCGAGCGCACGGGGAUGAUCGCUUGAUGGCGGGGUAGACAUGUGGACUAAGCAAAAUCUGUGCGCUGGAUGGCUGUCGCCAGCGUCGACCUCAUCUCACAGGAGUGAUUCUCUCUCUAUCCAGGGAAACAGCUACUGUGCCCGCCAAUCAUUUGUCGCAGACGAACCUCCAUGUGGCACAGACGCGUCAUGAAAUAAAUACCAAUCAUCCUUGUGAAACGGUUUUUGUAUUCGUCUUUACUGGCUGGUGCAUCCACAUUCCAUGAUACUAUCGUUGCAUCCAUCUUGAUGUAAUGCGGCGUGCAAUAGUAUGUCCUACAGUCGUCGACCUAGUAUCAUUGUAAUACGGAGCGCAAUGCAAUGCAGUUAAAGCACUAGACAUCGUAAUGGGCAUUCCUGAAAGCAUGGUGUCAUCAAUAAUUUCACCAUAAUGCAAUCCCUCACUGCAUUAUGACAAAAGUCUGCCCUGUUCCUGACGAAACGUGUCAAAAUAACUUCCGUCCAAACCGUCACAGCACGAGUUCGCCACCGCGCUGGAUGCACUGCGACCCAACCUGCCACGAGAUGUCCAUCAGCUCGAAGCCGUCUCAUGCCUAUGCUUUACGUCAAGAUGGUAUCGAGUUCGGCCAAACUGUUCCCAGAGAGACUAUUUCCUCCAAACACCGGCUUUUACGCACUACGCCGUGCAAAGAACUACGAUUCUAAAUCAAUGGGAACUUUAUUAAUAUAACCACAAUUUGAUACGGUCGCAGCACACGUGAUGGUAAAUACCGUUUACUCGAACGACAGAUUACACGGAGAGCCCCCGACCUCGCACAACGAGACGCAGAGCCCGACACACUUCAAGACUGGCGGCGCCGGCGGCAGGGGGCGCGCCGCCGCCCGCGUAUCCACAGCCUGCUGGGCUGGCCGCCCCG